AACAGAAAUGUCAACUCGCACGCAUUCACAAAAGGGGAGAUCACUUAGAAAUUACUUUCACAAUAACUUCCCAUGAGAAAGGACAAAAUGGCGACCACCUUGACGGGUAGUCUCCUUUCAAAAAUUUCUAACCACAUUAGACUAGGAACUUUCAGAAACUAUGCUGCUAGUACCAUGGGAAGUGCUAAGAACAAUGUUGCAACACAGGUAGAUAAGGACAACAAGGACACUACCAUCACUGUCACUAAAGAGAUGGACAUAAGUUCUUUGUCUGGUGUUCCUGAAGAACAUAUCAAAACUCGUACAGUCCGCAUUUUUGUUCCUGCUCGCAAUGCUAUGCAGUCAGGGACAUAUGGCUUGAGGCGUUGGAAAAUUGAGUUUGAUGUCAGAGAACGCUGGGAAAAUCCUCUUAUGGGAUGGAUAUCAACAGGAGAUCCUCUUUCCAACAUGGAGGUGACAUUUACUAGUAAAGAGGAUGCAAUGGCAUUUUGUGAAAAAAAUGGCUGGGAGUACUUAAUUGAAGAACAGCAGAAGCCAACCUUCAAAAAGAAAUCAUAUGGCGCCAACUUUUCAUGGGAUAAAAGGACCCGUGUAUCAACAAAAUAAAAGUGUCAGUUACAAAGCUUCUAGUUUUCUGGUACAUGAAAUACAAGAACAUUUUGUUAACAAAAGAUUAUCAUCAGUCUUAGAAACAUUUUUGAUGAUUAUGACACCAAUAAUUUUAUGAAAGUUUGUUAGUGAAUUGUGCAAGGCUACACAGCCUUGUUUCCUGAGAUGACUUUAUUAAAGUAUUAAAAGCAUUUCUUCCCAA